AUGGCUGCGCAGCUGGCCAAGCCCGCGGACAUGAGCUGGCCCGUGUGGGCGGCUCAUCAUUGGGUCGCGUCCAUCCUCGCAUACGGGGCUUUCUGCAACGUGCUCGUCUUUUACUACCUGGAAAAGGACAGAUGGCUGCGCAGAGCCACGACGCUGCCGCACGCCGCCGAGGCACGGCCCGAGGUGGUGCGCAGCUACCUCGCCGCGGUGCUCGCGCGGAGCGGCGGCGCGUCCAAGUCAGACGCGGCAGGCUUUGUGGAACAGUGGCCGUUUAGCUCGAUGAAGGAUACGGAGGAGGCAGAGGUGGCCUGGUUUCAGACGGUUUUCGGGGAGAGGCGCGGUGCGCUCUUGCAUCAGCGCGUGCGUGCCGACGUGGCACGCAGACGCAGCUCUCCCGCGCGAGAUAUAAGCAGCAUCUACGCUGCAUUGAUAUACGCGGGGCUGGGGUCAGUCGUCGUGGAAGGGCUCCUGAAGUACUACGAUGCGACCGCCGAGCCCACGCUGUUCAAUGUAGGCUGUACUAUCUUUCGAGUAUUAAUCUUGACUAUGCAGGCGGUAUGCGGUGUACUUGGGUAA